AUGCCUUGGGUUUCCAGAGAAGAUAGGGGAGCGAAGCCGGCUCUUGCGAGAGCACAUGUCAAGCGGACUGGUGUUUGCGUGCAGAUUCAGAAGACUGCAAACUUCACGCUGAAGACAUCACUCGACAUCAGAUGGCUGCCUGUGCUUGCUACCUGUACCUGA